AUGCCAUCCUAUGCAAAAUUUCUUAAGGAAAUUCUAUCAAAGAAAAGAAAGCUAAAAGACUAUGGAACAGUAGCUCUAACAGAGGAGUGCAGUGCUAUACUGCAAAACAAACUGCCUCCAAAAUUGAAAGAUCUAGGAAGUUUCUCCAUACCUUGCCUCAUUGGUGAUAAGAAAAUAGACAAGGUCAUCUGCGAUCUUGGAGCAAGCGUCAGUUUAAUGCCUCUAUCAAUAUACAAAAAGCUGGAGAUUGGGGAACUGAAACCCACAACAAUCUCAUUGCAAUUAGCUGAUCGAUCUGUUAAAUAUCUUGUAGGAAUACUUGAGAACAUUCCGAUCAAAGUGGGAAAAUUCUUCAUUCCAGUGAACUUUAUUGUGCUUGAGAUGGAAGAAGAUGUUAAAAUUCCUAUCAUCUUGGGAAGACCAUUCUUGGUAACCGCCGGAGCUAUCAUAGACGUCAAAAAUGGGCGACUAACCCUCAAGGUAGGAGAAGAAGAAGUGGAGUUCAACUUGUUCAACACG